ACAGUACUACGAAGGAUAUCUGAAAUCAGUGUGUUUUGGCUAAAAUGCUUGUAUUAUUUAGCAGAUGUAGCAUAACAUAUACAUCGCGCAUUCCCGCGCCAAAUCAAAGAUGACUGUGUACACAAGGAAGCUCUUUACCUUGGCUUUUAUAAGGGAAGGAGACAAAGUUCUUCUCGGAUUCAAGAAGCGAGGAUUCGGCCAAGGAAGGUGGAAUGCCUUUGGAGGUAAAGUGGAACCCGGUGAAACCACUGAAGAGGGAGCUAUCAGGGAAGUGCGGGAGGAGGCAGGUGUGGAGGUAGUUGGAGGUGUGGAGAAAGUUGGGGAGUUGGAGUUCACUUUCGAAGGCGACACAACCCUGAUGCAUGUCAUAGUGUACCACGCCCGAGGCUACACUGGCACGCCCACGGAGAGUGAAGAGAUGAAGCCACAGUGGUUCAACGUGGAUAAUAUUCCCUAUACUAAGAUGUGGCCGGACGAUGAACUGUGGUACCCAAUAUAUCUACGGGGUGGAAAGUUCCGCGGGGCCUUCCAUUUCCGGGGCUAUGACCAGAUACUGUCACAGAAGUUGGAAGAGGUACAAACACUGUCUUAAUUGACGUGGAAGUAUUUGUUUCUCAUUUUCUGGACCCAGUCCAUGAUGUCACGUUGUGCCGUGAUAGAGAAGAGGCAGAAUGAGAGUGAAAGGUCACAGCAGCAUAAUUUCAGGAAGCUUUGAAGACUGAACUGCCAUGCAUAUAAUGAAACAAGAAAGAUGGAUAAUAAAUAGAAACCUUAGAUAAUUAAGCAGUUGUUUGAAGAAAAGUGAGUACAAUUUAAAGUUAUAUACUCUAGAUGAUUGAGGAGGUAAUUAAUAUAUGAAUAAUCAUUUACUGUAUAUUGCAUAUUGUGAACAAAUCAUUGGCGUUAUAACCAGUCACU